AUGUUAAGAUCAAAAGUAUCAUUUACUUCAAGAAUAAUCAUACCACAAUUCACCAAAAGAGUCUCAAUAACUUCAAAAAGAUACUUUAUUAAAAGUUCUAUAUCAUCUAAACAAGAAAAUACUGAUAUAAGUUCAAACCAAUACGCUGAAUUAUAUCAGGGGUAUAUAAAUAAAAAUGAUGUCAAACUUAAUUUAAAAAAACCACUUGACACAUUCCUAAGGCGUCAUAUAGGUCCUUCACCAAAUGAUAUUAAAAAAAUGUUACAAACUAUGGGUUUUAAAGACUUAUCUGAAUUUGUACAUGCUGUGAUUCCACCGCAAAUUCUACAAUUAAAACCCUUGACUUUAGAUGCUCCACAAGAUGGUUAUACUGAACAAGCAAUGUUAAAUCAUAUUGCAACAUUGGCUAAUAAAAAUAACUAUAAGGUUAAAAAUUUAAUUGGGAAAGGUUAUUAUGGUACUAUCUUACCUCCAGUAAUUCAAAGAAACAUCUUAGAGUCGCCUGAGUGGUACACUUCUUAUACCCCAUAUCAACCUGAAAUUUCACAAGGUAGAUUAGAAUCCUUACUAAAUUUCCAAACUGUUAUCUCUGAAUUAACCGGAUUACCUGUUGCCAAUGCAUCUUUAUUAGAUGAGGGUACAGCUGCUGGAGAAGCUCUUUUAUUGUCCUUCAAUAUACAUAAAAGAAAGAAAACCAAAUAUAUAAUUGACAAAAGGUUACAUCAGCAGACAAAGGAUGUCUUAAGGACAAGGUGUAGACCAUUUAAUAUCGAGUUAAUUGAAGUUGAUUGCUACAAUUGGAACGAAGUUGGCCCAAUUCUAGCAAAUGACUCACAGGUGUUUGGGUGUAUGGUUCAAUAUCCAGCAACCGAUGGUUCUAUAAUAGCAAAUGAAACUUUAACUAAGAUUUCUGAUCUAUUGCAUUCAAAGAAAAAUACCUUCACUAUGAUUGCAGAUAUAAUGGCUUUGACUCUUUUAAAGCCGCCAUCUGAAUUUAAUGCUGAUAUUGCACUUGGUUCUACACAAAGGUUUGGUGUUCCUAUGGGGAUGGGUGGACCGCAUGCAGCUUAUUUUGCUGUAUCAAAUAAACUAAAUAGAAAAAUUCCCGGCAGAAUUGUGGGUGUUUCCAAAGAUAGAUUAAAUAAACCAGCUUUAAGAUUGGCUUUACAAACUAGAGAACAACAUAUUAAACGUGAUAAGGCUACCUCUAAUAUCUGUACUGCCCAAGCAUUACUGGCUAAUAUUGCUGCCAACUAUGUAGUCUAUCAUGGUCCUGAAGGAAUUAAAAAUAUUGCAAGAAGAAUUUAUGGAUUAACCACAAUCUUAGCCAAUACUAUCAAAAAGAGCGGUAUUCAUAGAGUAACCAAUGAGACAUGGUUUGAUACUUUAACUAUAGAAUUAAAUGACAAAUAUACUUCACCCCAGUUCUUAAAGUUAGCUUUAGAAAAGUAUAACAUAAAUAUUUAUUCGAAUAGUUCUCAUUCUGUUUCUUUAUCCAUUGAUGAAACUGUUACUAUCGAAGAUAUUAAAAGCUUAAUUAAAUUGUUCAAUGAAGAUAAACUUAUAGAAGUUAAUUUCGAUCAAAUCCCUGAAUUAUCUGAAGGUAUUCAGCGUACUGAUGAUAUUUUACAACAAGAGGUGUUUAAUAAGCAUCACAGUGAAACUGCAAUGUUAAGAUAUUUACAUCGUCUACAAUCAAGAGACUUAUCUUUAGCCAACUCUAUGAUUCCAUUAGGUUCAUGUACUAUGAAAUUGAAUAGUACAAUUGAAAUGAUGCCGAUAUCUUGGCCACAAUUUACCAACCUUCAUCCUUUCCAACCCGCAGAUCAAGUUAAGGGUUUCCAAGAAAUGGUGGAGUCUUUAGAAAAAGACUUGGCAAGCAUAACAUCUUUUGAUGCUGUAUCUUUGCAACCAAACUCUGGUGCUCAAGGUGAAUAUACUGGUUUACGUGUUAUUAAGGCCUAUCUUGGAGAUAUUGGACAAUCUCAUCGUAAUGUCUGCUUGAUCCCAGUGUCUGCACAUGGUACCAACCCUGCAUCCGCUGCUAUGUGCGGAUUGAAAGUCGUUUCUGUAGCAUGUCUUCCAAAUGGAUCACUUGAUUUAAUUGAUUUAAAAGCUAAAGCAGAGAAAUACAAGGAUAAUUUAGCUGCUAUCAUGAUCACAUACCCAUCUACUUACGGUUUAUAUGAACCUGGAGUUAAAGAUGCAAUUGAUAUUGUUCAUACUUACGGUGGUCAAGUCUAUUUAGACGGUGCCAAUAUGAAUGCCCAAUUAGGUCUUACUUCGCCAGGUUUCUUAGGUGCCGACGUUUGUCAUUUGAAUCUUCACAAGACUUUUGCUAUUCCACAUGGUGGUGGUGGUCCAGGUAUUGGUGCUAUUGGUGUUCGUAAACAUUUAACUCCAUUCCUACCAACCCACUCUAUUGCACCACCAACCACAGCUACCUCCAAAUCGAUCUCAAGUGUUUCUUCUGCCACAUAUGGUAAUGCACUAGUAUUACCCAUCUCCUAUACAUUUAUCAAGAUGCUAGGAAAUAAAGGUUUACCAUUUGCCAGUAUUAUGGCCAUGUUAAAUGCCAACUACAUAAGAACUCGUUUGCAAGAAUACUACAAAAUCCUCUUCGUCAAUAAAGAAAAUGGUAUUGAUUAUUGUGCUCAUGAAUUUAUCAUUGAUUUAAGAGAAUACAAAGAAAAGCAUAUCGAAGCUAUUGAUAUUGCCAAGAGAUUACAAGAUUAUGGGUUCCAUGCUCCAACAUUAGCUUUUCCAGUCCCCGGAACUUUAAUGGUUGAACCAACAGAAUCAGAAAAUUUGGAAGAAUUGGAUAGAUUCGUGGAUGCAAUGAUCUCUAUUAAAGGUGAAAUUGACGCUUUCAUUGCAGGUGAAGGUAAAGGUAAUGUCUUGAAGAAUGCUCCACAUUCCUUAGAAGAUAUUAUUUCUUCAAAAGACUGGGACACGAGAGGUUACUCCAGAGAAUUGGCUGCAUAUCCACUACCUUACUUGAAAUAUAAUAAAUUCUGGCCUGUUGUCACAAGAUUAAAUGAUACAUAUGGUGACUUAAAUUUAAUGUGUACUUGUCCAACUGUGGAAGAAGUUAGCGAAGAAUGA